AUGUUCAAACACUGGGGACCGUUGCGUGGGGCAACCCCGCGGCGUGUCCUCCUCCCGCGCGGGCACCGUCCGCUGCGGGCUAACGAAUCCCGGCGCGGCAUGCGCCAAGGAAAACUGAUAGGAGCGUCUGCCCUCGUCGCACCGUCCGCGAAUCCCGUGAACCAUCGAGUCUUUGAACGCAAGUUGCGCCUGAAGCCUCACGGCCGAGGGCAGGCCUGCCUGGGCGUCACGCAUCACGUCGCCCCCCAACCUCCUCUAUACGGAGCGAUCGGUUGGGGCAGACAUUGGCCUCCCAUGUGCAUCAAGCUCGCGGCCGGCUUAAAUGAAUUCACGAGGCGCCCGCCGUCACGACAAGCGUUGGUUGAGCACUCAACUCUCUUCCUGUCGUGUUGGACGGAGCGUCGCGUACCCAUAGACCCAAAUGGUGUGACCCUUCGUACGCGACCCCAGGUCAGGCAGGACCACCCGCUGAGUUUAAGCAUAUCAAUAAGCGGAGGAAAAGAAACUUACGAGGAUUCCCCUAGUGACAGCGAGCGAACCGGGAAUAGCCCAACUUGA